AUGGUUGAGGGAGAGUGGAACGACAACAAAUGCGAUGAGCUCUCAGCUUACAUUUGCGAGUACUACCUCGACGGAAGUCCCCAUCCUGAUCUACCUAAUCCCCCCGCUGGAGGAUGUCCAUCCGGCGACUGGAUUCACUAUGCAGGCAUGUGCUACAAGUUCAAGCUCAAAAACGGCUUCUCUGGAGAUAAAUACUCACGGCAAACAUUCGAUCAAGCUGAAAAAAGCUGCCAGACACUUGGAACUGAUGCGCAUUUGGCGAUUCUUCCAACGCCAUUUCACCAUGCUUUUGUUACAUCUCUUGUUGAUUCUGAUGUUUGGAUCGGAGUAAUGUCUGAUUCUGAGAUCGGGAAGCACUUUCAAUGGGCGAAUUCCGAGCCACUAUUGUACUCGCAAUGGCGUCUGUUACACCCCACUCAUCACGAAGCUGGCCCUAACCAGGAUAAAGUGGCCACAGUUCUCCAUCCUUAUUACAAGGCAGGGGAUGACUACGCAAUGCUCCCAUCGGUAUCGUCGAUUUACCCUGGAGAUUGGGAAGAUGUCGCUGGAGGAGUGACAAACACUCAGUAUUCCGUUUGCUCGAUUCCAGCGAGCAGUUCGCUGACAAACAAGGGCUCCUAUCCUGAUAAAUAUAAACUCAACUGUACAUUUGGCUACAAACCGUACUUCAGUGCAUGCUACAAAGUUAUUACAACUCAGGCUCUUUCAUACCAGGAAGCAGAUGACUUCUGUAAAUCAGAAGGAAAGAACAACAAUUGGAACAUCAAUGGAACCGCUCACUUGGCCUCCAUUUGGAAUCACUAUGAAGACUCGUUUCUUUACUCGCAAGUUUUUGAAGCAUUCGGACAAGAACUUGAUGUGCCGAGGUCAAUUUGGAUCGGGCUUUCUGUUAAUGGGGAUGAAAACAAUCCGAGCUUUGUCUGGGAUGAUAAUCUACCAGUCGACUACACGAAUUGGGCAGCCCAUGAGCCUGGAAUUCAUCAAGGAGACAACUGUGCUUUUGUUGAGAAUUUUAUGGAAUUUCCGAAGAAAUGGGAAUGGAAAAUGACGAACAAUUGCGAGGCGAGAAAGAAUUUUGUAUGUAAACUUGACAAGUACACGAUUACUCCUCCUGACGAAAAUGCCCCAUCUCACCUGGGGAGCCCUGUCGAGUGUGAAAAUGGAUGGACAUCACUAGACGGAGGACUUGACUGCUUCAGAACUUUCGGAAAAGAAGUUGUUUAUGCUGAGGCUCGUAGGAGUUGCUUGUCUUUUGAUGCUUCUGUUGCUUCUGUUCAUGAUUUGACGACGAAUUUAUUCGUAAAAAGCCUUCUGAGUACAGACACAGGCGCUCAUUUGAAGACGGCCUGGAUCGGCGCUGAAAGAACUCAAAGUGGAGCGUGGAGGUGGAUGGACGGGUCAAACUUUGUCUUCUCAAAUUUCGUCGUUGAAAACGACAACGAAGAAAAUGCAGUUAUGCUUGUGGAUGGGAGAUGGGAGUCUCAGGAAUCAACGGCUGUUCAUGGAUACAUUUGCAGCAAAAUGAAAAAGUUUGAGAAUUGCCUCGCGACUGCUGAGAUCCACCACUGUCCAGGUUCUAAUUCUGGUACAACGGAACAGAGCUGCUACGAUUUGGGCUGUUGUUGGGAUACAACGAAGACUUCUCACUGCUUCAAGGCAUCGGCUGACACGAGAAAGAGCUCAGAAGGACACACUGCUGGUUUUGCUGCAGGAAUUACUGCCAUGGUUUUUAUUUUAGCGUACGCUGCAGUCGGUGGUGUUUAUUUUUUUGUGUUACGAAAAUAA